GACGUAACUGCAUCAACAAAUGCUUGAAAGUGCCGGCGGUGGACUUCUUUAGUUCUAUCCGUACCGAUGAAGAGAACGGUGCAAAUUUCAUAUUCUUUCUUUCGAGCAUCUAUACAUAAUUAUUAAAACUUUCAGGUAUUUUUAAGUUCAUUAGUAGAUUGCACUUACAAUCGGCACGUUAAUCACAUAAGAUACUGAGCAGACAUGACGACAAAAAUCAAUGAGCACGAUCGCGUCGCGAUGAAGCAAGAUAGUCAAGCGAAUGACAAGGAAUGUUCUUCCGGAACGAAGAUCAAGCGCAAGUCCAGAUCCGCCAGAAGACGUUUGAAUGCAAUGAUGAGUAACGCAUCGUUGCAUUUUUCCGAUACGGAUUCUGAGGGCGAAUUGACAAUGAUCACCAGCAAGAUCGGCAAACUUAAUUCCGCGCAAGCUUCGCAAGCAAAUCCGUUAAUUUCUGUGACCAACGCGGAGGUCACCGAGCCUGAGAUAAAGGUCAACGACAAUCUGGAUUAUCUCAUAGCCGACGGUGAAGCCAGAUCCCGCUCAAGUCGCGGCAGCUUCGUGGAGAAUCUCACUGACGUCGAUGAGAUCUACAGCGACGAUGAGAAAGAUACUAGUAGUAAAUUAAAAGUGAUUGAUAACGACUAUCAAGGGGAAACAGAUGUGGAGGACAUGGAGGGCGACGAGGAUAUUCAACCGACAAUCUAUGUCACUCCGAGAUCGGACAUUCUGACCGAGUUCGGCGGCGAGAUGAUCACGACCAAGGAAGGAGACGGGCCGUUCUCUGUAGAAGUGCGAAACCGAUUGUCACGAGAAGAGGUUUCCAUCGAUAAACAAGAUACUGAGAACAUACCGGAUAUGCCAAAUACCGACAGCGAGGAUAUGGAAGGAUCCGAAGAUGAGACUAAGUUGGAUGAGGCAGCCGCUUUCAAUCACAUGUAUGAGGAUCUUGAUAUCCUGGCCGCAUCGCAGAUUGUUAUGACCAACAAAAUGGAAAACCCCCUAUAUGUUCCGGACACCGCCGAUGAGGCUAUCAGCGAUUGCCACACCGAUAUCGAGGACGUCGAUUAAAUCAAAUAGAAUUGAAAGAAAAGAUGAAUUUAGAAAAAUUAUUUGAAGCAUGCAAAAUAAUACAGUCCUUGGAAUGAAAGCCAAGAGCAAUUUCUAUGAUCUUUCUGAUUAUGUUUAACAAAAAUUAGUGUACCAUACAAAUAAGGAUGACAGGAUGACAUUAUUAUGAAUAACAGAAACCGAACUGCCGUCCUCAACAUUAUCAUAGACAACCGUAUGGGAUAUUAAUGCAAAAGAGUAUGUCUCCGCAGUCUAAAGAAAUUUUCCGAGAUAUAAACAAAUACACAUACAUAUACACAUAUAUAAUUAUAAUUAUAUGACAUAAUAUGUAAAUACGUAUUUAGAUAAUUAAUACAACAAUACUUAAUGUUUUCUUUUCUUGGCAAUAAUAUUAUUUUUAAGAUCAAGUCGUUGUACGUGCAAGAACAAUAGAAAAAUUUAUUUCAUAUUUGCAAAUUAUAUUUUUGAUGAUAUAACUACAAUUAUAAUUUAAAUUAUGUCAUGCAUAUAAUGAAUUUACAGAUACAUUAGAAUAAUAAAAAUAUUUAUUAUAGUACUAUUACAUGCAUUCAAAACUUGCUAAGUUGUAUUUUACAAUAAAUUAAAGCUGUCGAAUAUAAAACAGAACAAGUCCAAUCUUUUAUAUUAUAUGAAUUAUUAUGUUCUUUUUUCAAUUAAGAAACUAUGAACAAAUAAUUAUAUCUUUGAUAAAAAUUAUAAUAUAAAAAACAAUUAUUUAUUAGUAGCAUUAAUAAGAUUAGAUUUACGCAGAAACGCUUUAUCUCAAGAUUAGAGUUAAUGGACUGCUGUUUUGCAUUUUGCGGCUUCAACGCAUCUUGGAUCUAGUACACCUUGUACCUACCACGACUAUAGAAAAGAAAAGAAAAUGAAAGAAAAAAAUAAAGAAUUUGCGCUCUUUACGGAAGCUCUCGAUCGCCAGAUCUCGCUGUGAAUAACAAAAAAAAUUGUAAAGAAAAAAUAGACACGAUGUAUCGCAGUCAUUAUAACGGCAUGCUUAAUAAAAAGUAAUGUGAGCAUAA